UUGUUGUGGUUUGGUUUUUUUUGUUUUUCCACUGAAGAGAAAUGUCUAUCACUCAGCAGCAAGCCUGGGAUGGAGUGUGGUGAGAUGCCAUUUAUUUACUGGACUCAGUAGCAAUAGGUAUCCAAAGUCAUUAAUUGGUCAGACCCACCUAAGGUCAAGGACUCCCAUUUUCCACAAUAAAUCCUAUUGUUCAAAUAUAAAUAUAAGCCAUAUUAACACAGGAGGGUGUGUAUAUGUGACAUCAUAAAUGUUUUCUUACCUAUAAAUAAUUCUUAAAUAAGAUUUUAUAGGGUGCCAUUCCUCCCACUCUUUUCAGGCAGCUCUUUAAAGAGAAAGGUAUCCAGAAAUUCAAGUCAUCCUUCUGUGGUUAUGCUGCCUGGCAAAUUAUCUAGGCUCUGCUGUAUUAAAGACAGCACUGGUCUCAGUUUAGGUACAGAGCUUCUAUAAAAAGUAUAGAGCCUGUUAUUCAAGUAAACUGCUUCUCUUGCCUCUGAGACCCAUCCAGCAGCAGACAGGAUUUUUCAAGUAAAAUCAAAAUGUUUAAUUUCUCACACAUGACUUCUCAAUUCUGGGGUGAUGAUGCAGUUCACACAGCUAUUUAGAAAGUGUUAAUUCCCUGCCAUGCUGAAGUCUUAUGAGUACAUGAGCCAUAAGCAAUAAGCUUUCUAGUUUCUUUGCUGUUAGAGAACAAAAAAACCUAGAAUUACCUCAGUAUUAAUUCUCUGAAAUCUAUUAGGGUUGUCCUUGAUGUAGUGACUUGUUGAUUAGAAAACCUGUGUCCCACUUUCCCUCAGGAGUGUGAGGAAGAGCUAAAGGCCAGAAAUGUGCUACUGUGUGGAAGAAACAAGGGUGUGGUUCAAGAGCCCACUGCAAAAAAUGGAAAGACUGGAUGAUUUGCAACUUAGUCAGAGAUGGCUCCCCCCUCCAUCACUGAUCUUGCCUUUUUGCUCAGUAGCUGCUUGAAGAAAAUUAUAUUGGAACAGAUGAUGAAGGCAGCCAAAGAAGGCCAAGAAAUGGAGAUCAAGAUGCCUGAAUCCAUGAAAAAUAGUAAGAAAUCCAGCAUCCAACAAAAGCAGGUAGUUCAUUCAGGGUUUGUGUCAAGGAAAAGGUUUUUGCUUGGGCCAAAUGAAGACAACUCUGUGUUUGAGAAAAUAAGAGAGGAGGACCUGUGAUUAUCUAAAAUUAAUUGUCUUUCAAAAUUCAUCGUGUGGGAAUAAUAAACACAUUGUCAAAACCUUGAAUUAUAAGGGGGAAAAAAAUCUUCAGUGUAAUGCCUUGCUUUUGCUGUGCUUUUUAUGGUAUUUACAAGUCUCGUGAACCAAUUUGAAUGGGUGCUGUCAAUCUGGAGCCAUCUUGUAUAUGUGCUUUUUUGGCUUUUGUCCCCGGACUGAAAACUGUUGGGG